AUGGCACCACGCUUCGCCAGCAAUGCGCCGAUGCAGCAGACACAGCGCACACGGCGAGCCGCGCGUCGGGCCUUUACCCACCGUCGGUCGUGGCUGGUAGCCCUGCCGGUCGUCGUCCUGGCUCUACUCUCGCUUCAAUCGCUCCUCUCGGGCCUCUGGCUGACGUCUUCGGAUUCAGCGACGACAGAGACCCUUCCGCGCACCGCGCUGGUGCUCACGGCGCAUCCGGACGACGAAGUCAUGUUCUUUGCGCCCACCAUCCUCGCCCUCGUCGGCGCGGGCGUGCACGUCUUUGCCCUCUGCCUCUCGACGGGCAACGCCGACGGCCUCGGAAGCGUGCGCCACCGCGAACUCGUCCAGGCCUACAACGCUCUUGGUGUUCCCGAAGACAGGGUCGGAUGGCUCGACGAUCGCAAGCUCCAGGACGGCAUGCGCACCGUAUGGGACCCAACCCACGUUGCGGGGAGGGUUCAGCGGUACCUCGACAGUCUUGGGCUCCAGAUCGAUGCGCUCAUCACCUUCGACUCGAUGGGCGUCUCGUCGCACGCCAACCACAUCGCCUGCCACCAAGCAUCGCUCCUCCUGCGCGACCAGGGCACCUUCGACGCCGUCUACGCGCUGCACUCGCCGCGGCUGGCGACAAAAUACCUCUCGCUGCCGUCCUCACUGCUUGGAACGCUCCUCUCGCUGCCUUUGAGCCAGCGGGCUGUUGCGGCGCACGUCCAACCACCGAUCGACAAGGCCAUUCUACCCCAGACAAUACGGGCGCUCUCCUCGCCGUCACAAUACCGGCAGAGCCUCGAGGCGAUGCGCAGGCACGCCUCGCAGCUGGUGUGGUUCCGUUACGUCUACAUUGUCCUGUCUCAGCUCAUGUACGGCAACCUGCUGGUACUGCUCUAG